GAGAAGGAGAACGAUCGCUACGCGCUAAAGCAUUAGCGCGCCUGUCCCUGAAAAUUGGUAGAAUUUAGAGCCGCGCUGUCGUCGGUAAGGAGUAUCUGUGAAGUUAGCUGUUUAUGAGUACAAGUAGAUGAAGUUAGUUGCAUAAUGUAUAAAUUUUCUUCGCGGCAUCGAUGAGAAAAUAAUCGUGCUCCGUAAUUUAUUAAUUUUUGACGAAAAGAAACAUUAAAAAAUGGUGAAAUAUUGUAUUGUGCGUGGAUGUACAAGUGGUUUAGCAUCUGAUCGGAAAAAUAGAGUGAAAAACAAUUUACGUCAAUCAUCAUUAUUUAAAGUACCAAAGGUAAUAUCUUUAUAGUAGCACAUUGAAAUAUUGAAUGUGUAAAAUUAUUAUUUGCUUAAUUAAUCAUGGUUUUUUUAAAAUAUUAUAUACACGUAUAUUAAACGUUGAUAUAUCAUUUCAAAUUAGCGCACAACAGCCCGCUUUUAUUGAGACAACUUAGCGAUCGCAGCGCCUCACUUAUUUUGUCCGUAUUUCGGGGACACUAUUUUCUACAGCGAUCGUUCUCCUUCUCUCUAACCUCCAUGGUCACCUUUCACGGUUUUGACGGUUUUGACUUUUGAUUUGAAUGAUUGUUGAACCAUGGACCUAUAGUUGUUGAACAGUUGAACUAACAAAUAACAAUUUUGAAUUUUCUCAAUUUACCAACCGACCGUGGCUAAUAUUAUAAAAAAAUCGCUCUGUCGACUAUUAAUAAAAAAAGAGAUUUCACGUUAUUGUGUUAAAAAAAAUUCAAUUUAGCGACCGAUCGUAGCCGAUUUAUCAAGACAUAUUUUAACUUAGCUGGAAUGGUUAAUCUCACCGACCAGAAAAAAAGCUUAAAUCUGAGUACAUACUUGCUGGUCUGAAGAGAAUCCCACAACAAACUCAGCCAAUGUUUGACAAGGCACUGAAGUAUUAUUGCGGACCACAAAACCUCAGUACAAAGAGGCAUAAAUAAGAAAAGAAGAACACUGAGAUGGAGCAACAAACCAACUCUCUACUUGAUACCAACUUAUAAACACCUAAGGAAAACCUGCUGGAUGACUUAACUGCUAUGCCAAGAGAAGACCUCACUAUGUCAAAAGAAGACUUAACUAUGCCAAAAGAAGACUUAACCAUGGCAAAAGAAGACUUAACUGUAGCACAAGAAGACUUAACUAUGCCAAAAGAAGACUUGACUAUGCCAAAAGAAGACUUAACUACAGCACAAGAAGACUUAACUAAGUCAAAAGAAGACUUAACUAUGCCAAAAGAAGACUUAACUAUGCCAAAAGAAGACUUUACAGAAACUGCCUCAUUUGUUGAAGUGGCAGAUUUAGAUGAACUUAUGCUUAAGAUGAUAAAGACAGAAACGACUUUAAAUAAAGAUGUUUACAAACUAGGAACAGUUAAAGAAGAAAAUGAUGAACCAUCUACUCCAAAAGAUUCAUCUUCACCCAUGGUAGAGUCUACAGAUCAUGAGCCAGACAAUGAUUGGGAGCCCUAUGAUGCUGUAGGAAGCUCUGCAGAAUGUGCUCAAACUCUUGAUGAACCUUUGAAAAAACGGGAGACCUCCCGUCACGGUCAAGCAGUUAAGUCGCGGUCUCUAGUUCUACACAAGAGGACUCACACUGGUGAAAAGACGCUUUCUUGCGAAAUUUGUAAAAACAAAUAUACUAAUAAAUAUAAUUUAGCGAGACAUAUCAAAACCAAGCAUAAUACUGCUAGGAAACACACACACUUAGGUCACACUUGCAGUAUUUGUGAUAAAAGUUUUAACGCGAAAUCAUUAUUAGUCCAACAUAUGAAGACUCACACUGGUGAGAAACCGUUCACUUGUGAUUUGUGUGGUGCUAAAUUUGUAUGUAAAAGUAAUGUGGCUAUACACAUGAGGACGCACACUGGUGAACGUCCUUACCCUUGCCAGUAUUGUGACUACAAGUUUAGUGGCUCAAGCGCUUUAAAGUCCCACAUGAGAAUUCAUACUAAAGAAAAACCGUACUCCUGCAGUCAUUGUGACUACAGCUGUACUACAAGUGGUGGUUUACAAUCUCAUAUCAAGAAACACACGGGUGAAAGGCCUCACUCAUGUAAGCACUGUCCAGGGAAAUAUAAAACGGCGUCAGAUUUAAAGCAACACAUGAGGACUCACACUGGUGAACGACCUUACUCUUGCGGCCUGUGUCAUACUAAAUUUUCAAUAAUGGGAAAUUUAAAAGUUCACGUGAGGACUCACACAGGUGAGAAGCCGUAUGCUUGCGAGCGAUGUGAAAAAAGAUUUUCAAUCAAAAAGAAUUUACUCGACCACAUGGUCAUACACAGUGAUGUAAUGGCGUUUUCGUGUGAGCUUUGUAAAUUCAAAUUUAAGAACAAAAGACGCUUAAAAUGUCACAUCACUAGCGUUCACACUGAGGAGAAACGGUUCUCCUGCGAAGUUUGUCAAAAAAUGUUUUCAUAUAAAAGUUCUUUGAAGAACCAUCUGUUGACUCACACUAGAGAGCGAGACCUAAGUCAGGUUAAGUCGACUCGGGUACUAAAUUUCAAUACCGAUACCAAUAUCAUACGUUUCGAUUGCGACCUUUGUCCUUAUAAAACCGUAAAAAAACGUACGUUAUUGUCUCAUAUGCGGACUCACACUGGUGAAAAGCCUUUUUCCUGCGAUAUUUGUCCGUUUACAACUGCACAUAAAGAGCGGUUAUUAACACACAUUAUGGUCCACACUGGCGAGAAGCCGUUCCCUUGUAAAUAUUGUAAGCUUAAAUUUAGGUCAAAAAGUGCUUUGAAUUCUCACACUAAGUAUCACUUUGAGGAAAAACCCAAACCUUAUUCUUGUAAUAUUUGUCACAAGAAGUUUACAGGUAAAGCGCAUUUAAAUAAACAUAUGAAGACUCACACUGGUGAGAAAGCCUUUUCCUGUGAUAUUUGUCCGUUUACAACUGCAUAUAAAGGCCGCUUAUUUACACACAUUAUGGUUCACACUGGCGAGAAACCGUUCCCUUGCGAGUAUUGUGAGUUUAAAUUUAGAACAAAAAACGCUUUAAAAUGUCACAUGAGAAAACACACUGGGGAGGAACCCUACAAUUGCAAAACUUGUCAAGCAAAAUUUACACAAAUUGAGGCUUUAAAGUUGCACCGUAAGACUCACAUUGGCGAAAAGCGCUUUUCUUGUAUGUUUUGCGAAUUUAAAUGUAAAACCAGCAGUGCUUUAAAACAACACGUUAGAACUCACACUGGAGAAAAACCGUUUUGUUGCGCUUUUUGUUCAUUUAAAACCGCGCAUAAAGAACGCUUAGUGACUCACAUUAUGACUCACACUGGAGAGAAACCGUUCUGGUGCAAGCUUUGUGAAUUUAAGUGUAUAACCAAAUACGGAUUAAACUCUCAUUUGAAGACUCACACUGGUGACAAAUCUUUCUGCUGCAAGCUUUGCCACUUAAAAUGUAAGACCAAACAAACAUUAAUAUCUCACCUUAAGUCUCACCCUGGAGAAAAACCUUUCCCUUGCAAUCUUUGCCCUUAUAAAUUUAGUAGCAAACACGAUUUAACGUCUCAUAUGAGGACUCACACUGGGGAAAGGCCGUAUUGUUGUAACGUUUGUAGUAGAAAAUUUGCAUCUAAAAACAGUUUAUCUGACCACAUGACGGCCCACACUGGUGAAAAACCCUAUUCAUGUAAACUUUGUCAAUUUACAACUGGUCGUCGAUGGCAAUUAAUAAAACACAUGAAGACUCACACUGGUGAAAAACCUCUUUCUUGCGAUAUAUGUCAAGAUGUAUUUCUACUACGAUCCAGAUUGACUAAGCAUAUGAGGAGUCACACUGACGAGAAACCUUUUUCUUGCUUUAUAUGUCAACGUGCUUUUCCAGAACAAUCCAGUUUGACUCAGCAUAUGAGGACUCACACUGGCGAGAGACCCGUGUCUUGUAAUCACUGUGAUCGUAAAUGCUCAACCAGAAAAGGACUAGCAUCUCAUUUGAAGACUCACACUGGUGAAAAACCAUAUUCCUGUGAUGUUUGUCCAUUUAAAACCGCACAUAGCGGUCGCUUAGCGACGCACAAGAGGAUUCACACGGGCGAGAAACCUUACUCGUGUGAGUAUUGUGGGUUCAAAAUGAGGACCACGGGCGUUUUAAGGCAACACCUGAGGACUCACACUGGUGAGAAACCCUAUUACUGCACCGUUUGUAACACAACAUUCGCACAAGCCGGUGGUUUGAGAUCUCAUAUGAGGACACACACUUUGGAAAAACCUUUUUGUUGUGAUAUUUGUCAAUUCAGAACUGCGCAUAAAGAUCGUUUAGUGACGCACAUCAUGAUUCACACUGGUCAGAAGCCUUUCCCUUGCCAGCAUUGUGAAUUAAAAUUUAGGACCAAAUACGCUUUGAAACUUCACACUAGGACCCACAAUGCACGCUUAGUACGAACUCGGAAGUCUCGAAAACGUUGAUAGAUAUCGAGUAGCGAAACAACAUAAUGUCAGAUUAAAAUGAACCUUAACACUACUUUCUAGGUUCCAGCAAGCCUAGCAGAAACUUCAAAAUAAAUAUACGUUUGUAACAUAACAUUCGCACAAGCCGUUGGUAUAAGCUCUCAUUAUAAAGAUACACUAUUUGAAGAAACCUUUUUGUUGUGAUAUUUGUCAAUUCAGAACUGCACGUAAAGAGCGUUUAGUGACGUACAUCAUGUUCACAUUGGUCAAAAGCCUUUCUCUUGCCAGGUGAACUAGAAAUUUAAAAAAAACUCUGUUAUGACAGUACCUAUGGUUAUACGAUCUGAUACUAUGACCUGACGUAGCAGAUAUCGUCCAGUUACAGUUUUGUUAUAAGUAUAAGUAUAGAUUAUAUGUAUUGAUUUUUGUAAAUGAAUGUCGAAAUAAAUGUACAACUGAAUAUCAA